UUUUUGUUGAUCUUUCGAAUGUUAACAAAAAAUACGUCUAAAUUGAUUAUACCGAUGCGUUUAAUUGAUUACCGAAAUCCUAUCAUCAAAAAAUUUACCCAAAAGUAUACAUUUUUGCUAUUUUAUUCAUCAUCAUUUCUAAUCAAUACCAAUAUGGCUUGGCGAUCGCAUGGAAAAACCAAUCAAGAAAUGGUUGAAAAUUUAAAAAAGAAUGGUAUCAUACAGGAUUCACGUGUCGAAAAUGCAUUAUUAACGGUUGAUCGUGGUAAUUUUGUCGAUAGCUCAAAAUAUGUUGAUUCACCAAUGUCCAUUGGUUAUGGUGCUACAAUCAGUGCACCUCAUAUGCAUGCAUAUGCUUUAGAAUUGCUGAAAGAUCACCUUGUCGAAGGAGAAACUGUUUUAGAUGUUGGUUCGGGUUCCGGUUAUCUUACUGCAUGUAUGGCAAUGAUGGUAAGUGAAUUGAUAAAAUUUAUUAAUUUAAUCAAUCGAUUCUCUCUCAUUUUCAAGGUUGGCCCUCAAGGUAAAGCUAUUGGUAUUGAACAUAUUCCUGAACUAGUUACAAAAUCAUUGGAAAAUAUUAAAAAAGCAAAUGCUGAUUUAUUAUCAUCGAAAAGAGUUGUAAUUAAAGUUGGUGAUGGUAGAAAAGGAUGUCCCGAACAUGCACCGUUUAAUGCGAUUCAUGUUGGAGCGGCUGCACCGGUUCUUCCUCAAGAUCUAAUCGAUCAAUUAAAACCUGGUGGUAGAUUGGUUAUUCCGGUAGGACCACGUGGUGGUGAUCAAUCAUUGGAACAAAUUGAUAAAUUGGCUGAUGGUACAGUGAAGACAAAACGUGUCAUGGGCGUCAUGUAUGUUCCAUUAACGGACAAAGAAUCUCAAUGGCGAAAAUAAUUUUCAAUUCAAUUUUCAUUCAUUCAUUUAAACAUUGUGUUGUUAAAGAUUUUUAAAUAUUUUCAAAUAA